CUUGGAAUUUCAAAGGAAUACAAUAAUUUAAACCAUGAAUAAUUGAACAUUUAAUUUAAUGCAGAUUGCUGCUCAGUUUGGACGGGGCUAUUAUUUUUGUUAGUUAAUAAUAGAUUAUAAAUUUAAAGAAAUAGGGUCCCAAUUAGUACUGCAAUGUCACAAUGGUAUAAAAGAUAUUGCAGUUAUAAUGGGUGUUCUUCAGAUAGAUCAACUGAUGGAGGUGCAAUAUCAUUUUUUGGUUUCCCCAAGGAUACAGAAAGAUGUUCAAAAUGGAUCACAAACAGUGGCAGAGAAGAGUUCCGUUUUCUCACCCCACAUGAGUUAAGCAAAAAAAAGAUUUGUGAGCUGCAUUUUACCCCUAGUAUGUUUGCGAAUAAGUUUAAAAACAGUUUGAAAAAACACGCUUUCCCGAUCAAUUGGAAAAAUUCUACACCUGAGCUGAUUGAGAUUGAUGAUGAUGAUGACGACGACGAUGAUAAUUUGUAUGAUGAACUCAAUUUUGAAGAUGAUAUUGAACCUGUGGGCCUGAUAGUAAAUGGACAAGAAGAGGUUCAAGAGUUGAGCGAUGAUGAUAGACAAAAUGAACAAAAUAGUGGGCCUAACGUUAUUGUGAAUUCCGUAUCUGCCAACACUGAAGCUAAUGAGACUGUCGACACUGAAGCUUCCAAAAACAUUCCACGACAGUUAGAACUAGUAAAUAGUAGUAAUGCAGAACCCACUGAAGAAAGUCAAUCUGCAUCUGCGGUUACAAGUACCAGUAAUAUUACAGUUGAAGAAAAUUCCAAGACCAAGACUCCAACUGAAAAAUCGUCCUCUAAACCAAACCCAUCCGCUUCUGAGAAAACAAAAUUUCACAACCUGCCAGCACAAACUACGCAGAGUGAGUUUUACUACCAACAGUGUCCGUCAUUGGACGAAACAAACCAUUCGUAUCCUGAGCCACCGGACGGAGAGAUGCCACUUUUCGUGCAGCAAAACUCUGUCAUAUCGAUGGCGGAGGAAGCAGCAAACAGCGUAUUGUCUGAACCACCCACUAAAAAACGCAAGCAGGACAAGGAGGUUGACAUCACUGCACAAAUGAAUGAUGCGAUGAAAUAUCUCAAGGAUAUUACUGAACUUCUCACAACGUCUGAGGAUGAGUUUGAACUGUUCGGUAAAAGUGUGGCGUUACAACUGAAGAAGAUGUCGUUGUGCACAGCAUUAGCGGUUCAAGCUAAGAUUCAACAGGUUUUGUCUCAGCACAGGAUAAAUGAUAUUAAAAAGAAGUCCGCACAAGAUCAAGAGGUUUGUAAUGUUCAAACGAACGGUAUUGAAGAGGAUAGUAAUGAAGAGCAGGAAGAAACAAAUGUACAAAAGCGGAACUCACCAGAACUUUUGUUAGAUUGUACCAGUGAAACAUCAGACGUUGAAAACUGAAUAGUCUAGGUAUGUUAACAGUUUGAUUAUGCAUAAAGUUUACAAGUAGUAAUUUAUUCUUAAAAUUGUAUUUUUAUAUUGUAGGCAAAUUGAUGAAUUUAUGAAACAGGAUUUUAUACAUAUUUAUUCAUGUCAUGGUUGUAAAUGGAAUUCAAUCGGCUUAAUUAAGUUAAGUGUAAAGAUUUUUGAUAGGUAAUAUAAAAAAAGAUUUCACAGAGUAGGAUAAAUAUUUAUUAUUUUUUUAUUAAUUGUCCUAUUACCUAGCACUCUAGGUAGUUAGCUCUCUAGGGAUAAAUUGGCCUACUGGUAUUUCACUUAUCACAUUCACACUCAAGAAUAAUAAACGAUGACACAAUGCAAAGAUCAUGGAAUAAGAUUAAGGGUCGCUUCCAUAAAAGAUGAUAGGCCUAAGGUUUUUUUUUUAAUUUAAUACGAUACAACCUAAAAUCCACCAGUGACGUGCUAGGUUUGAUAUUAUCAUGAAGACAAAAUCAACCCUUUAACAUUAGCCUGUUUCCUUCAAUCUGUGUUAAAUUUUAGAAUUCAACAAUAUUAAUAACUUGAGUGUUUAUAAAUUUUUAAUCAGGAAAUUUACCUCAAGUACGGAUAGUUACCCGUUGUUGUGUUUAAAACUCAUGAUACCUUAUAAUACAAGCAUUUGACAUGAGGUUAUUUUUAUUAUAAAUAUUUGGGUUUACAAACAAGAAUAAGAAUUUAGUAAUUUUUUUGUUCUUGCUGAGUAGCCUAGUAUCAUAUUGUUGAGUUAUGACAGAAGCUAUCCCAGGAUUUAUUUAGGGUAUAAUUUUGUGUAUUUGGCGGUACAAUAUUGUUUACCAAACAUCUCUAUAAUGUUAGUAAUUUUUUUAAUUGGACACAAAAUUUGUUCAAUUAAGUGAAUUUCCCAUACAGGGAAUAAAUAAUCCAUUUACCGUAGGUCUCGUGGUAAGACAUUGGCCGUGGGCCGAUUUAUUUUUCCGUUUUGAGGCCCCCAGAGGCUAAAAACACAGUUUGGUCAAAUUCAUAUAUAUUUGUUUAUUUCAUACUAAGCUACCAACAUAAAAAAAAACACCUUGUUUUUUUCCCUGUAGCAGCAAACCUACUAAUAACAAUUUUUAUGUUAUUUAAAUAGGAAUAAUGUGACAUUUUUAAGGAAAUGGUUUGUGUGAAAAUCCAGUCUGGUAAAUGGAAAUUUGCUUAGUACCUAGGCAGGUUUGCUGCAACCGGGGUAUUUAACUUAUUACAGGGAUUAACAUCAUAGUAGUUGACUUUUACUACUUCGAGUAGUCCUAUAAGAUGAAAAAGUCUGUAGUUGGUAUUUUUAUUCCUAUUUAGUUUUAAUUUAUAGUUUGCUGUAUCAGUGAUCCUAAAAAUUGUAUAUACACAUUAUAUAUAUUUAUUUUGUCAUUCUUUCAUUCAUUGUCUUGUUUACACACAGUACCAAUAGGCUGUGGACUUGGGUCCUAAGCAAAAGGGAGCCAUAACUAUAAAAAAAUGUAAAUAUUUUAUCUAUAAAAAAUUGAACUUUAUAUUUAAAAUUAACAGAUUUUCUCCGGUUGAGGAUAACAUCUGAUGAUGUCCCCGAGGUUAUGGGAGAUGUUCUUGAUUUCCCCGCAAUCACAGGUAGCGUUGAUUACUUUUUCGUGAUCAAAUGAUUUUCACAGUUUCACUGCAAUAGCGGGUGACGAUGAUAAUAUUUCUGUGAUCGCGGGAGAUGUUCACGUUUCACCGCAAUAGUGGGUGAUGUAGUGGCGGGUUACUGUAUUUUAGCCUAGACCUGCACGUACCCUAAAUACAGCAUUGGUUACAUAAGAAGGCUAUUUAAUUUUGUAAAGAAAUUUGUUUCAACUAUUAGCAAUAAUCCUGUUUGGUUCCAGGAUAACCAGUUAUAUUUUCAUUUUAACUAUUCUAUCAUGAUCUCUUUAGUAUGUUGUAUUGUAAAUAUUGUGAGACCAUUGACUGACCGAUUUAUUUGUUUUUCUACC